AUGUCAUCGGCGGCGGUGACGACGGCUUCCCGACUCCCCGAGCAGUUCGCGGCGCGCCGUUAUCGGGGAGCUUGCGGCAACGAGAUCACGCUGCAGCAGGUCGCCGCCGGCAAUGGCGCGGUCGAGUACGUGCUGAGGGACGAGAGUCACCGGCGUGGAUACAGCGGCCUCGAGCUCGGACUGCUCUGCCUUGCGCUUGCUCUCUGGACCUACACCGGCUCGCCCGCCUGCGCUGCUCUAGGUCUUCUUGCGCUGGCUGCGAUCUUCAAGAGCGCGCUCUUCUUCGAUAGGACCAAUACGUUGUUACUAGUUGAGUCGGUGGGAGUCCACAUUAUAAAUCGAAAGACUAUUUUCGGUGCAUUAGAAGAAUAUUUACCUUGGAACUCCAUAACCGAUGUUUUCAUAAAUGAAGUCAUAUCAGAGGUAUGA